AUGAAAAUCUGCUUGAUGGGAAAUUCAGCAGGUGAAUGGAGUGCGACAGACUGUGAUGAAAAGAAGUGCUUCGUCUGCGAAACACGUGAUGUAAUGAGCGACUGUGCUGAUUGGUACAAAGCUAACUAUAAAGAUGAUGGUGUAUAUAGCAUUGUUGUCAACGAUAAACCUUACAAGGCCUACUGCGACAUGCAUACUGCAGGAGGCGGAUGGGUCGUCUUUCAAAGAAGAGUCAAUGGCAGUGAUUCGUUUUGGGACCAUAACUGGACCGAGUACAGAAAUGGAUUUGGAAAAAUAGGACGGAACACUACCUUUUGGUUGGGCAACGAAGCACUUCACCAGCUCACUCACAAGGAUCCCGAUGUAGAGCAUUUUUUCGUAAGAAUCAAGUAUCAGAAUUUCUUUCUAGCUGAAUACAUAGCGUUCAUGCUUUUCUACUCUCUAACUUAUUCGUGCUUUUAUCGAACUGCAUCAAGCGAAAGUAAGAUAAGAAACGCAAUUCAAGAAAAGUUCGACAUGAUUGAAUCUGUUGGAGCUCAAUUCUCUACCGUCGACAGGAUCAAUGAUCCGAAACCUGAAUGCGUAACGGAGUAUAAAAUGGGAGGCUGGUGGUUACGUAAACGUAACUGCGCACUGGCAACAUUGAACGGAGCUUAUGAAUUACCCAAGCGCUCUUUUGAAGGAUACGGUNGUUUUGCAUUCCACCUUGUUCUUGUGACUUUUCCCUGGGACUUGAAAGGUGUUUUCGGCAUUACAGCACGCUAA